AUGGCGCAAGCGCUUAAAAAAAGGGGCAAUGAGCUCUAUGUGGAGGGCGACUUUAUUGGCGCCGAGGACUACUACUCCCAAGCUAUUGCCAAGGAUCCGCAUGACCCAACUUUCUUCACAAACCGCGCGGUCACCCGCAUCAAGUUGGAGAAAUGGGAAGAUGUCGAGCACGACGCCCGCGCCGCCCUCAGCCUCUACGGCAAGAAAGACCCGGCCUCGCUCAAAAGCAGCUUGUAUCUCGCUCAAGCUCUCCUUGCCUUGAAUCGGCCUCAGGAAGCAUACGAUCUCACGAUCGUCGCAUACCAGUUUAGUCUGGAGGUUAGGAACGUGCAGACGGAGAAGCUGUCUGGAAUGCUCCUGCGCGCCAAGAAGGCGCUGUGGGAAGCCCGGGAAACGGCACGCCUGCAUGAGAUGGAUGAGACGCUGAAGAGUGUGGAGGAGCUGAUUAGUGCCGAUCUGAUGCGCGCGGAGAAGGAGCUGGGGGAUCAGCUUGCAAAGCAGGAGAUCGGGGAGGUGGGCUACCGCGAGGACCUGCGCGCGCUGCGGGAGGAUGCGGCGAAGAAAGUCUCCCAUGUUCGGGAGGCGUUCAGAAUUUCGUCCAAGGGGGAUAUUCAGGAACGGGUUGUGCCCGACUACCUGAUCGAUGGGAUCACCUUCGAGGUCAUGCAUGAUCCUGUCAUCACUCCGUCUGGAACCAGCUUCGACCGUAUCGGCAUUGUGAAGUAUGUUGAGAAGGCCGGCGUGGAUCCGCUCACACGUGAAGCGAUGUCGGUCAAGGAUCUACGGCCGAACUAUGCGCUUAAGGCGGCAUCCGAGGAGUUCUUGACCAAGAACGGCUGGGCAGUGGAUUGGUGA